AUGAAGAGCUGCAAAAACAAUGCGAACUUUUUCUGGUGCAACUUGAAAAAGAAGCUGCGAUUGGAUGGACGAAACUUUGAAGACUCAAGAAACAUUUCGAUAUACUUUUUGGGAGAACAUGGAAAUGUAGAGGUUUCCAUUGGGCAUACAAAGGUUAUAUGUAAAAUUACGAGUGAAAUUGUGAAGCCUUUUGAUAAGAGACCAUGUGAAGGAAUGAUCAAAGUAAAUUUAGAUAUAGAUAGUUUUACAAACGUAAAUGAUAAUUCCCAAAUUAGUGAUGAAUGUUUGGAAAUUAAAAAUUUAAUUGAAAGAAUUUUAAAAUCAAUAUGGUGUUUGCUAGUAAGCAUUAUUGUGAUAGAAAAUGAUGGGAAUUUAUAUGACUCUUGUUAUUUGUCUGCCUACAGUGCUUUAGUACAUUAUCGAAAUAAUGAAGUGACAGUUGAUAGUAGUGGAAAUAUUAUUAUCGAAGAAGGGGAGACCAAUUACACACCAUUGUCUAUUCAUAAUACUCCUAUUUUGACAACCUUUGCGUACUUUAAUUGUGAAGACAUAUGCCUGAUCGAUCCAUCCAUACAGGAAGAAGAAUUUAUGUCCUCCAAAUUAUCCGUUGCACUUAAUAAAAACGGAAAAUUAGUGAGUAUAUUGAAACCAGGGGGGUCACCCAUAUCGUAUGAAAAAAUACUUGAAGCUAUCGAGCUAGCUAAAAAAAGAGUUAAAAGCAUUUUGAAAAUUUUAGAAGAUGCUUUAGAGGAAGAUAAACAUUUAAGAAAUAGCUUGAAAAAGAAAAAUUUACAGAUCAAAUAUUCUUCCAAUCCUGUGCACAUAAAAUAUGAUGACACAAAUGUUCAUGCAAAACCGUUGGUUAUCCCCCCCAACAAAUCAGUAAAAAAUAAUCUCAACAUUGAACAAAUUAUAAAGAAAUAUGAACAGUACAUAUAUUCGCAGGAGGUGAAGAAGGAAGAAAAAGAAAAAUCCGCGCAGGGUGAAACAACCCUAGGGGAUACUACUCACACAAGUCAGUACCUCUUAAACGAAGAGCUUCGAAAAUUGAAACAGAAAAGAGGAGCAAAGAAUGGUGACGAGUUUGCCUACAUGGAUAAGUAUGAUGACGAGAUCAGCGACAUCAGCGACAUCAGUAGUGACCUCGGCACAAAAAACAAAGUGGACCUUGGAAAUGCAGAUGUGGGGAAGAUAAAAAGACAAGAAUUCAGUGACACCAACUCGCAUCUGCAUAAUUUGAAAAUGCAAAGAACGAGCGAGGUGCCCAGAAAGGAGAUACUUAACCCUGCAGGAUCGCAAACGACGGGUGUCAUCAGAACGGCGAAUGACAGGAUAGACGCCACUGUGCGCUCAAACCCGUAUUUUAAGGGACACCCAAAUUUUGAGGACGAUAAAAGGAACACGAGUGCGAAGAAGCACGCCGACUCGUCUGCCGUCUCGAAUGACGAUUCAUCCGACAUAGACUUCUCCGUGGCGAUUAACCAGAAUUUGAAGAAAACGAAGAAGAAAAAAAGCUAG